AUGUCCACCAGUGUUAUUUCCUAUGCUCCGUUUCAAGUAUCCUGUCCCCAUAAUCAGAAUUAUACUCGAACUGCUGAUUCGCUAUCAAAUGAUGAAAAAAACUGGUUACAAGGACGUAAAAAAAUUACUAAUGAAAAGUUGAUAAGCUUUUUGGAGUAUGCAAAUUUAGUUGAUUUCAAUCCGUCAGAGUUUAUAAACAACUCUUCCAUUGGUAAUAUCGGCUUGGCUUUCAGUGGUGGUGGUUAUAGGGCUAUGUUGGCUGGUGCUGGUAUGUUGGCUGCGUUAGAUGAAAGAGUCGAUAAUGCUAAUGUAAAUGGACUAGGUGGACUUUUACAAGCUUCCUCUCACAUAAUUGGUUUGCUGGGUGGAAACUGGUUAACUGGUACUGUUUUCAUGAAUAAUUUCACUUCGGUUCAGAAUAUCUUAAGUAGUGAUCUGCUAUGGCAAUUGGAGAAUUCGAUUUUGAAUCCUGGUGGCUUGGAUCUUGUUGAUACUAUUCAAUAUUAUCAAAACAUCAAAGAUGACAUUGAUGCUAAGGAAAGAGCUGGAUUUGAAGUGACUAUAACAGAUACUUGGGGUAGAGCUUUAUCAGAUCAAUUUUUAACUGAUACCAAAGAUAAUGGUGCUUCUGCUCGUUGGUCAGAUAUUGCAAAUAAUCAACUUUUUGAAACCUUUCAAACCCCUUUCCCUAUUUCUAUAGCUAAUGCUAGAUACCCCAAUAACAUCAUUAUAAACUCCAACUCCACCAUUGUUGAAUUAAACCCUUUUGAAGUAGGUUCCUGGGACCCUUCCUUGUAUCAAUUUACUCCAACAAAAUAUUUGGGUACUAAACUUUAUAAUGGGGCUGCUAAUGGGUCUUGUAUCCGAGGUUUUGAUAAUGCUGGCUUCAUUAUGGGAACUUCCUCCUCCCUUUUCAACUCCAUUCUUACUACCAUUAAUACUGAGUAUAUUCCUGCUGCUGCAUCAGGUAUUGCUAAAUGUGUUUUACAAGACAUCGCCAAAACCGAUGAGGAUAUUGCUGCUUAUAAACCAAAUCCUUUUUAUCACACGAAGACUGGCUACUCUGCUGAUCUAUCCAACCAUGAAACUUUAGCUUUGGUAGAUGGUGGUGAAGAUAAGGAAAACGUUCCAUUCUAUCCGCUUCUUCAACCAGAGCGUAAUAUGGAUGUCAUAUUUGGUUUCGAUGUUUCUUCUGAUACAGACCAACACUGGCCCGAUGGUACUGCUUUAGUCAGUCCUUACGAGAGACAAUUUUCCGAUCAGGGUAAUGGUACAGUAUUCCCUUAUGUUCCAGACCAAAGAACUAUCCUUAAUCUUAACCUUACUGCAAAACCAGCUUUUUUUGGUUGUAAUGCCAAAAAUUUGACUUCAUUAGGUGGUGGAACAAACACUCCUCUUAUAGUUUAUACCGCAAAUAGACCAUUCACUGCUUGGUCUAACACUUCUACUUUUAAAUUGAGCUAUCAAGAAUGGGAAAAAAGAGGUAUGAUUCAGAAUGGGUAUGAAACAGCUACAAGAUUGAACGGUACUUUAGAUAAAGAUUGGCCAGCGUGUGUUGGCUGUGCUAUAAUAAGAAGAGAACAAGAAAGACAAGGUCUUGAGCAAUCGGAUCAAUGCAAAAAAUGUUUUGAAAAAUACUGUUGGGAUGGUACAAUUGAUGAUGAUGAAGUUCCUGGUGUUAAUUUCACUGAUGAAGGGAUCACAUCUGGGAAUAACGAAAGCGGAAAUAGAACCCUUACUAAAUUCAGAGAUAAUUUGCUUUAA